AAGGGUCCCAAGGAUUCGAGCCAUCAUCCUUCCCUGCUCUUCCAGGUGCAUCAGCAGGGAAAGAGUUCGCAAGUGGAGCAGCUAGGACUUGAACCAGUGCCUGUAUAAGAUGCUGGUAUUGCAGGCUGGGACUUUAACCUGCCACACCACGGAGCCAACCUCUUAUGUUACAGGAAGAACUAAAAAUGGCUGAACUUCCAGAUGACCAGGAUACUCAAUUGUGUAACAACUGCAAAAAAGAAAUUCCUGUGUUUAAUUUUACCAUCCAUGAGAUCCACUGUCAAAGGAACAUCGGUGUGUGUCCCGUCUGCACGGAACCAUUCCCCAAAGCGGACAUGGAGACUCACAUGGCUGCAGAGCACUGUCAGGUCACCUGCAAAUGUAACAAGAAGUUGGAAAGGAGACAACUAAAGAAGCAUGAGGAGACUGAGUGCCCUCUGAGGCUUGCUGUCUGCCAGCACUGUGGUUUGGAACUGUCUGUUCUCAAACUGAAGGAACAUGAAGAUUACUGUGGUGCCCGGACAGAGCUAUGUGGCAGUUGUGGGCGCAAUGUCCUUGUGAAAGAUCUGAAGACUCACCCUGACAUUUGUGGGAGAGAAGGGGAGGAAAAGAGAAAUGAGGUUGCCAUACCUCCCCAAGCAUAUGAUGAGUCAUUUGAUCAAGAUGGAAUCUGGAUCGCAUCCCAACUCCUCAGACAAAUUGAGGCUCUGGACCCACCUGUGAGGAUACCCCGGAGGCCCCUGAGAGACUUUGGGUCAGACUUUUUUCAUAAUAGGACUACCAACCAAAGGAACAUGCCACCUCAGUUUCCAAUUCAGAAUAAUCUAUUUGAAGAACAAGAAAGGCAGGAAAGGAAUAGAAGCCGACAGCCCCUCAAAGAGGGUGGUGAAGACAGUGCGAACUUGGACUUCAUGUUGGCCCUAAGUCUGCAAAAUGAAGGCCAGUCCUCCAGCUUAGCAGAGCAGGACUUCUGGAGGGCCAUUUGUGAGGCAGACCAGCCUCAUGGUGGUCCCGCUUCUCUGAACGACAUAAAGGGUGCCGCUGAUGAGACCGUGUUGCCUUGCGAGUUCUGUGAGGAGCUCUACCCAGAGGAGCUGCUGAUUGACCAUCAGACAAGCUGUAACCCUUCACGUGCCUUCCCAUCACUCAGUACUGACAGCUCUUCCCCCAGAGGGAUGGAGGAUUCUGAUGUCAUCUUCCAGAAUUUUCUGCAGCAGGCUACAAGUAACCAGCUAGGCUCUUUGAUGGUCCUGAACAAUUCCCGCCCUGUGGAGGAGAGUGUCAUCAUCCCCUGUGAAUUCUGUGGGGUACAGCUGGAGGAGGAGGUGCUGUUCCAUCACCAGGACCAAUGUGACCAACGUCCAGCCACAGCAAACAACCAUGUGUUGGAGGGGAUUCCCAGGCGGGAUUCCCAGCUUCCAAAGACCUCCCCAGAGCUGCCUCGGAGGCGUGUCAGACACCAGGGAGACCUGUCUUCUGGCUACAUGGAUGACAUCAAGCAGGAAACAGCUCAAGGGCCCUCUGGCAGACCCCUUAACAACACGACAGUUACCUGUAACCAACUGCCAAAAUCAACAUCCAGCCGCAGACCUGGGUGCCAAGCCAGCCCUUCUCAUGUGCUGAGACUGAACAGCUCAGCCAUCCAGGACGCUGGGGGACAGAAUCGAAGUAGCCAGAAUGGGGCCAUGGCUGCUGGGCACGUUCCAGUGAUGCAGCCCGUUCUCAACCCCUACCCAGAAACCCUUGUGUCCUCUUCCCCUCGUGGGCCUGCAGGGAGGUGUGGAGCAAGUGGUAGGAGUGAAGGUGGCAGGAACUCCCGGGUCACCCCUGCAGCCACCAACUACCGCAACAGAGCUGUGAAGGCAAAGCCCCCAAAGCAGCAGGGCGCUGGGGAUGCAGAGGAGGAAGAGGAGUAGAGGGGUCUGCAGGCCCUGGCGCUGGCUCCCACCUUGGAUGCCCGGCAGCGCCUGCCUGGGCCCUGCUCCGUGGGCAGGGGUGUUUUUCCAGAUUGUAACUUUUUCUAGGUUACGGCUACUUUGUGUCUUUUGAGAUUGUGCUCUGGGGUUUGUGGGCUUGGGGGUGGUCACAGGGAGGCUGUUGAGAAACGUGUUGGCCUUAGCUGCCAGCUUUUGGCAGCAGUGAAACAGGAGUUACGGCCUCUUGGCCCGCCCACCAGGGCCCCAUCUUUUGGUAAGACUGUCACCACUGCUUCUUGGUGCUGUGUGUUCCUGGUGGAAGGGAUGGAAGGUUCUAGAAUCCUGGAGUCUAUGAGUAAAAUGAUUCUGUUCCCAUGGGGGCCUCAAUUGGGAGUUUUGGAGUAACCUGUCCCAUGCUGUGCCCCGGGCCACUCCUACUCUGGACAUCUGGUGUGUGGAGGAGUGAUAUGUGCUGGGAACACACCUUCAGAGAUGCGUUGAGCUGGAGGUGUGUGGACUGGGGCCUGAUAAGGGCUGCUGCUUCAGCAUUUGGCAUCGCUGCCUUCAGUUGCUGGUAGGGGUCAUGAGUCCUUUGUCCUCACUGCCCUGUACAUGGGGAGGCCUGAGGGGGUCCCUGCCCCUGCUAGUGCCACGCUGGACUGUGUCCUCACUGGGACUGAGGCCCUAGCCCCGUGCUGGCUCUGAAAUCCAAGUGUCAGAGAUUAUUCCCCUUCUUUUUAUUUUUACUAUUAUAAUUAUUAUCAAGUUCCUUGUAAUAGAAAAUAAAGUUUGUACUUGGAGUUUAGCUAA